GGGCUGGCCACUCACAGGAAAAACACGUGCCAUCCGCCGACUGGAACCCCAAUGCAUUUGGCAUGCUCGCCCGCCACAGACUCCACGCGAUUGUCUCCUGCCAUAGCCUCGCAUUGUGCACGUCGCGGACCGGAUUCAACUGUUCUGUUGAAAACGCGUAGAAUAAGGGUGGAAUCCUGCAGAAUUGUCACACUGCUUUGUUCAUAUAUCGAAGUCUAGCUUGACGCGUCGAACAUGGAACUCGCCCCUUACAUCCGUAGCCUCUCCGACACCAUCUUCACUUCCCGGGUAACUGCCAUCGGUGUCCGCUUGCUCAAGUAUGUGCUUGUGGCCAUCAUACUCGCCAAUGCUCGGUCAUGGCCUUUCAUGUGGCACAUCCGAGUAUUCCAUCCUGUCACUAUGAUCCGGCUACGCUUCCAGCUGCUCAGGCUAAGCCUGAUCUUCAAGCCACGCAAAGUUAGACAAGAAAUCAAAGCCAAUUGGUUGCAUGACUUGUCGCCUGUGGGCAAGCACCCGCUGGAGCUCACGGAUUCGUAUAAGACCUGGGCCAGUCUCGACGAUUGCGAUUUCAACUUGCAUUUGAGCAACUCUUGCUACGCCAAGAUCAUGGAUGCCGCGCGUUUCCAAGCCGCCCUGAAAUGUUUCCCGACUUUCUUCCGCGCUGGUGGUUGGAUGGCUCUAGCUGGAACCCACUACAACUUCCUUCGCGAAAUCCCGAUGCUCUCUCCGUACGAGGUGCGCGUGACCAUGGGAGCUUGGGACCAGAAAUGGGUGUACAUCAUCGUACGAUACGUCUCGCACCCCAAGAAGAAGGCCAAGACUGCCGCCUCCAAGGGCGAGGCUGAGCAAUCCAAAGCCACGCCUUCCCCACCCUCCACCGACACCAAGUCCCUGCCAACUCCCCCAGAGAACAACAUCCUCGCAGGCUUCGCUCCCUACCCGAUCCUGCACACGCCCUCCGUCCCGGAAGCCUCAGACUCGCGCGCCACCACCGAAGCCGCGCCCACGCCCGCGAACCCCGUGGGCGUCCCCACAAAGGAAGACGGCUCGCAGGGACAGGCGGACGCGCUCUCCGCCGCGCUCAAGAAACAGAUGCAGCACCACACCGAGCCGGACGGCGCGACGCUGCACUGCAUCGCCGUGUCCACCUUGUGCUUCAAGAUCGGGCGGAUCACCGUCCCGCCCGCGCUCGCGCUCGCGAGCGAGGGAUUCUGCUCGCCCGACCUCGAGGGCGAGCCGAAGACGUACUCGCUGGAGAGCCCGCCGCCGUUUUGGAAGCAUGUGGAGGAGCUGCGCGGGCCUGGGCUGAGUUUGGGGAGGUUGCGCAGGUUUUUGACGGGUGGGUGGCGGGAGGUGCCCGAGGGCGAGCGGUGGUGGGAGGAGGCGUUGAAGGGAGAGGUGGAGCGCAGGCGGGUGGCGGCGUUGGAGGUUCUUGGGAGCUUGAGGACUGCGAUGGAUGGCGCUCAGAAGCUUUGAGCGAUGUGUUUAGAUGGUGGGGCUGGUGAG